AUGGAUCCACAUGAAGACAAACCUCUGGUCUCUCACAAUGACAUCGAAAGCCAUGGAAAUGACAAACAAUUGAUUGAAAGGCUUUUGAGAGAGAAAGAGAUUUCGACGAAAUAUAACAACGAUUUGAGGCACGAGUUGGAGAUAUUGUCCGCAAAACUGCAUUUGCAUCAGAAGGUGAUCACCAAAGACACCAUCAGUGUUGAGACACAGACGGAGUUGUCGCUUAUGAGCCCAUAUGUGACUAAUAAUAGCAGUGUUUGUGGCAAAUGUGGUCAUGCCAUCACUUCUUGUGGUGAUGUGAACAGUGAUGUUAUCAAUGAUUGGAAACAAAACUCUGAGACAAAGAAUACACGGAUUAGUGAUUUGGUCCGCGAGACGGCUCAAGAGGUUGUGACAAACAAUGACUUUCAAAACGAUUACGUUUACGACCAGAAGUCUAAGACCUAUUAUAGUCGGAGCAGUGGUUGGUAUUACUAUCCGGAUUCGUCUCUAUUUUAUGACCCAAACACCAAAAACUAUUAUAAAUACGAUUUCGACAAAAAAGUUUAUAAUUUUUACUCAUCACUCAAACAAAUGGACAAAAAGAGACAAACUCUGAACAAGACAUCCAAGACUUCAAAGAAAUUGAAAGAAGAUUUCGAUGAAUCAGAAAAUGUGAAUAAAAUGAGUGGAAAGGAAACCAUUGAUAUCAGCGACAGUUCAUCUGAAGAAGAGGGAGAAAUAGGAGAUUCUGACGACAAUUCUGUCAUAUCUGAUGACUCCCAAGAUUUUCAUGUUAUUGAAGAUAAGUCAGAAGUGAGUCCACCACUCGUGCGGAUGAUUGUGAAGCAGUCGUCGAGCCUAGAGAUUGGGAGCCUUUUACAGGUAGUGUCGUGUAUGGGCGCCAAAGUUGGCAACGAUUCCAGUUGUGACGUCUGGAUAACCGACGAAUCCGUGAGUCGGAGUCACGCAGAGAUUAGAUAUGAUUAUAACGACAAUAAUUAUAUCAUAAAAGACCUGAACAGUACAAACGGCACAUUCAUUAAUGGGAACAAAAUUGAAAGCAAUUGCGAGACAGUAGUGAGCCAUAGCAGCGAAAUAAGUUUUGGCAAAUGUGUGCUAUUAGUGCACAUCCACAACGGCAAAGAUGUGACGUGCGACCGGUGUGAGCCGGGUCUCGUAAUUGCCAAUUUGAAGUCCAGUCACCAAAAUAGUAGUAAUUUGUACGAACAGUCCGACAAAGAGAAAGACCGCAAAAAGCAGUUAAAAUCUCUUAAGAAGAAAUACGGUCUCAAAGACAAUGAUUUCUGCGAACCAAAAGUGCCGAUAAUUACAAAC